GUCACGUAAUCACGAUGCGACAAGAAGGAAGCACAUGCACGCAGUACGAUAGUUGUAAACAGAUGCAUUUUCUAAUGUCAAUUACACUUCAGUGACAUGGCGCCGGUAAAUUCUAAUAUAAAGGCUAAAGGGACAUUCACGGGAAAAGGAGGCAGGGAUAACCCAGCAAAUAACCCACACGGCAGUGCAAACAAACAGAAGAGAAAAUGGGUUUCCGAGCAUAAAGUUUUUGAUGGAAGCGUUGGAGAAGGUCAGGGGUUUGCGUUCAAGAGGAAGCAGAAAGUGCAACAUGAGUACAACAAACUUCUACGAAAAGAGCGGAGAAAGACGCCGGGUGUCCAAACGCACUACAAAGAGGAUUACCCGGAGCACCUGAAACAUCUGUACAUGGCUGAAGCCGAGAAGCUGAAAAACGAGACUCGGAUGAACAAAAUAAAUAGGACCAUGGGCAGGCAGGGUGGAGUGGUAGAAGCUGUAACAGAAGACCGAGGAGAGGAAACUCUCCCAGACCAGGGCACACCCUCUGACCCUGUCACGUCAGAAGAUCGGACAGACUCUGCCCCUGAACCCACAAAGGACUUACAAGCCGACAGUCUCCCCAUGAGCAACCGUCAGAAGAAGAAAAUGAUGAAGAAGACCUCCUAUCAGAAGACCAAAGAAGAGUUUGAGAAGAUCAAAGAAAAGCGAUCACAAAAGAAAGAAGAAUUCUUGAAGAGUAAACAGCAGAGAGAAGUGGCCAUCCAGAAGUACAAACAGAAAAAGACAGAAACCUUUCAAAUGCUGAGCAAAAAGACAAGGAAAGGACAACCUAACCUCAAUCUACAGAUGGAGUACUUACUGCAGAAGAUACAAGGAAGUGGGAAAUGACCAGACGAUGCUGGAAAAAGCAUGAAUCAACAGGUUUUAACACAUGAACCAUAUUAAAAGACCACUAACCAGAGACGUGUGUUCAAAGUAAUUUCGAUGUAAAACUGUUUUUAAAUGUCUGUGGUCUAUUUUAAAGACUCAUGUUUUUCAUUUUGGAAACAUCACAGACUGUUCCUCUAAACGUUGAUUAUAGCCUAUGUUAUUUUAAAUAUUUUCAGUUGAUGUGUGAUUGUGGACCAUAGGACUAUAACAGGAGGGCAUAACAUGUGAGAACUCUUUCAUCUUUAGUUACUGUUCCAGUAAAAAAAAACUUGUAAUACAAUGUUUGGGAUUUCUAUUAUAAAAAUUAAUAUUCAUUGAUUAUAAACAAACGGAUG